GCUAUCUCCAUGGCAACACACGCCUCGAGACGGUCAGCGGCGCGUUCCGAUGACGUAAAUAGCGUCGCAGAGUUUGGAUCCUAGCGACCGUCCGUGUUUACUGUCCGGUGUUCUGGCAGAGUAAGCGAUACGAUCAUUGUGUGACCCCCUACUAACAUUAUAUCACCCGCUCACAUAGAUUAUUCUGUCUGUGCUGCUCCUCCCACUCCCCUCCCCCAUGUAAUGGCUGCACUGUGCUCCUUGCAAUCACCUUCAUCAUUUUCUAGUUACUUUCUCUUGGGUCACAGCUCCCUGGUACCAGAACUAGGGGUGUGUGUGACUAUCUGUGUAUAACACCCCCUACUCCUUUAUAAAAUAAAGUUAUAAUGCAUGCUUCUCCCUGGAGUCCUCUAUCAUAAAUGUUCUUACAGUUUAAACAAACAUUGCACUAUGUGUGUACUCAUUUCUUACCUAUUUCUGUAUAUAAUUUAGUGCUUCCAAUGUCAUUCGCCACUUGCUUCAGGGUGUACCAUAAGCUGACAUUUUACUCUAUUUUGGUGUUGUUUGCCACUUUAUUUGUUACUUUCUGUUUUUCUUGUUGUUUUUUUUUUUUUGUCCUAAGAGCUGGCACUUUACUUUCCCCCAGUGUACUGAGCGCGCAAGGAGAAAAUGUCUGUCAAAGUCAAAAGGGCAAGAGGUCCAUUACAAAAUACCCUGAGGGUGACUGAUGAUCUAAAGAGACAGGUACAAUCUAAUACUCACGAAGAAAAAAAUACUAGCCACAGUGUGCUACAUUGCUAAAUAACGUUGCAACUGGCCAAAUAAUAAUACUACAGAUUACGUUGAAUAAUUGCAUACCAUUCAUCAUGUUGUCCGAUUUAAUUGCUUCCUGUGUUGAUAAUUGGAAGAAACAAAUAAGACUAAACCUCCUCACACUUGUCCUAGCAUAUCCAGUUACUACAAUGAUUUUUUUUUUUUCUCAUACUUCGUUUUGUAGACUUUUUUAAGCUGCAGUAAUUUAGAGCUUUGAUGAGCUGCACUCACAUUGAGCACUGCACACAUCUAAUCUAUCAUCCUGGGGCCACUAACUGUGGUCCUGGUUGACUGAUGGAUCACUAAUUUAUCAAAUAAAACCUGGGACUCCCUGGUACCACCAGAGAUCUAGCUCGUCAUAGACAGUCAUGUGGACCUUAUGGCGUUAAGCACACACAAGGCCUCUGUGAACUCUAUCCAGCAAUUGAUAGAGUAGGAGAGAAGUCAUUCUAAAUCAAACACACUGUGCAAUGAAGGAAGUUUAAAAUUCUGAUCUCUCUUUACAUAAAUUGUGUGGGAGGCUGUGAAAGUUACAGGCAGGGGAGGUUUGGCUGGGGCUGCGAAAAAAUCCAUCACUGCUCAAUCUCCUCCAGGGCCUAGGCUGCUUUAUAAACUGAUUAUUCACUGAUAGAGCAGAUGUUGCGUAUGUCACAAUCUGGGAUGGAUACUACUACUUAUGCGAAGGAUAUGACCUAUCAUCUCGGCAACUUCAUUAACCUAAAUUUGUUUUGGUGAUUCGCGUGUCCCUUUAAUUCAUAUUGUUUGUGACUGUGGAUGUUUAGGAGAAUUACAUUUCUGUAUACACAACAUUGUCAUACUUUUUCAUACCAUCUUAAGAUAAGUAACAUAAAAGGAAAUUAAUUAGCAGCAUUAUUAUUUUCACUUUGUAGUCUGAAUCUUACUAUCACCAGGUCUAUUCACAUACAGUUUUAAAAGAACACUCCACACACAUAAAGCACUUUAGAGUGAUGUGCUGGCGCAUACAUGCAUUCCCUCUUCUAAAUGAGCAGCACUACAGCUUAUUGUGAAGAAUAGGAAAUCCACAAUCCAAUCUGUGCGCAUGCUCGCAGCUCCAGCACAGAGGCUUUUCAAUGUAAAGCCUCUGAUUGGAGAAUUCCCCAGCACCGACCUACAGGGGACAGUAGGUCUGCUGCUUUUGCAAGCUGAUUUUUACAUACCAAAGAAAUCAUGUAGACAAAAUACAUGCAUGUUUUCUUUAGGGGUAAAUAUACAAAUUGUUAAAGGAAUACUUUACUUAAUUUUUUUAAGAAAAAAUCCAGGGCAAGUACAUACCUGAAUAUCCCUGGUUAGAAUUUAUUCAAAUGCGUUACCUCUUGUGAUCCAUUGGCACUGGAUUGAAGCUAUAGAACUUGAUCAAAUACAGUACAGGGGUGUUAUGAAGAGAGAUUUAUUUAUUUAUUAAUCAUUUCCUUGUGCUACUUUUUGUAUUAUAUUUUGGAGCAAUGUAAUUAUAUUUUAGAGUACUUUUGUUUUUUUAUAUUUGGGAGCAAUUUAUCAGAAAACAUUAAACAAGUAUAAUACUAGUCUGAAUCUUUAUCACAAUUUUUUUUUGCACCUGGGAAAGGAGAAGUCUGUCUCCCUAGUAUUGUGUUCUUUUCAGGUGUUGUGCAGCUCAAACUUGAAGAUAAGGAUUCUCAAUUGACAGUCCAGCUCUAAAGCUUUAGCAGAGGGUGUUUUUAGGACAUAUCUCUCGAAUAUUGUCGAGGCAAGAGAGAACAGUUAAAGUUGCCACCAAGCUACAGCAUUAAGUCCAUACGAGGCAGUAGAAACUCCUAUAUAAUAAUAAUAAAGGUAGCAAACAUAAAGAAAUGGGGGAAAAAAAGGAACUGGAAAGCAAUAUGCCAACGCAGACAUUAAUGGCUUUAUCUUUUUUUUAAAUUAUUAUUUAUUGUUAUUUCUUUUCUCUCUUUUUCUUUUCUUUACCAUUCUCUUUGUUUGUUUUUUUGUUGUUGUUUCUCCUCCCCCCCCCGCCUUUUUGUUAUUUUGACUUCAUCACUAUCUUUUUUUUUUUUUUUUCUGUUUUUGCUUUGUGUUUUUAUGUUCUCAAGGUACCGGGAGGAUGAGAUAAAACAUUGAAAAAAAUAAAAAAAAAUAAACCACACAUGAAAAGCAAAAAGAAGAAUGGAGGCUGUGGGGAGCCCACUGCAGGCAUGUGAGAGUUUUAUGGGCCCAGCCUAAUGUCAGAUAGGAAAUAUGCAGGCCUAGGUAAAUAGCAUUACUUAAUCAAGUCAUCUGUAUAGGAGCAGAGCAACUAGGACAUUAGGCAUGCUGUUUAGUUCCCGGUUCCAAUCUUCUUCCAUUCAGAGUACAUUUUGGAGAGUGAUAAAUGGUUUGAUUGGUCUUCGGCAAUGGGGUUCCAUUUUUAUAUCCGCUGUAAACCCUUGUCUAGAGAAGACAUCACUUUCAGUUAAUUGUUGCGCCAGAUGAGUGUUUGGUAGAGUAUCUCCUUCUAUAGGCAAUUAGUUGUUGUUUUCCCCAGCAGUUUGGUGAUGGAACUAUUGCCUGGUAGUAUAGUGAAAGCCUAAAAAAUUGUCCAAAAGAACCAGCCCAUACCAAAUUUUAGUAUCACGAUGGCCAUUAAAGUGUAAGCCCCGUCAAGGCAAACCAUGUUUGUGCUCAAAGGUAAAAUAUCUAAUGAGACAGAAAGGGGUAUUUUUUAAACACUUACACACUUAGAACCCUUAAUAGGAUGCACAUGGGGGGGCGACAGCACUGUAACAUGGCUGUGUAAUACUAAAGCAAAUACAAACAUGUAAAAUUAGGCCUCACUCUCAAACUUUUUUUGUUUGUUUUGUAGUCUAUAUAGUGUGACCGAUGAGUACUAUAGUCUUUGCUCCUGCCUGGGAGUAGUGGGUGUUUGAGUGCAGGGCUCAAUUUUGCACGUUCGUAAAAAAAAUAUAUAUAUAGUUUUGAUCAUUUUGAUUCAGUUUUAGUUACUAUUACAUUACAGCUAUUUUCUUUAUGCUGAGAACUCUUUGUACAAAUGUAGACACGUAAGCUGAAAGCAUGACCUUAAACUAUCGGAAGCUAGAUUUAGAUGUCUGUAGACAACAUCAGCUAUUGCUUGGGGUGUAACAUGUUGCAGAGAGUUGCAGCCUAGUGACUCAUCAGGAGGUUUGUGAUACUGGGAGUGUAGGGUGGAUGAAGAAGGAAUAAUAUUAACACUAUACAACUACCUAGAAGUUACACAUCAGGUUCUGGUUUAAUGUCAUUUUAUAUGUAUCUUCUCAUUCUGUUAACACUGGUGAUGCCUUAAUUAAAUUAGUCAUUACGAACUAUUGUCCCUGUGUUUUCUGGGUGUGUUAUAAUGGAUGGGCUGCCUAAAAGGUGCAAAAUUAGAAACCAUAUGGAUUAACUCAUUCAAAGGUAAACAGGGAUAACAAGGCAAACAAAAAGUCAUUGAUUUGAAUCAUAGAUAGUACCAGGGCCGGACUGGGAACUAAAAUCAGCCCUGGAAAAAAAUUCUAUACCAGCCCAAUAAUGCGUCGCGCCAGCAUAGUGUGCUGAUAAAGAGGGUGAAAAAAUAACUUGAAAUUGAAAACUCUUGCUCCAACGAAGGAACGCAUAUAGGGCUUCAAAAUAAACAAAAGAGCGCCUUUAUUUUAAGUAGACGUACAUUUGCAUGUAAUGUUUCAGUACAACUACUUUGGCCUAUUAAGGACAUUUUAUUAAUGGUACUGAAAUGCUGAAUGUCUGCAGCUGCACAACUAAAGAAAUGAAGUGAUCUGGUUAAUUUUGAAGUUCUGUGGGUGCGCUCUUCACUUUGAAUAUGUUAUUGUGCAUGAGUAUGCAACUAGCAACAAGACAGGGCCAAUACGUGCUCAUUACAUAUAUAUAUAUAUAUAUAUAUAUAUAUAUAUAUAUAUAUAUAAUGACAUAUUUAAUGACAUUUAUGUGUGUUAUGCAUAAAUAAAUGUAUAUUACUAUAUGUGUAAAUAUUAUAGGCAUAAUUAUAUGUUAUUAAUACACACAUCAAUAUACAUGUGUGUGUGUGUGUGUAUAUAUAUAUAUAUGUGUGUGUGUGUAUUACUGUCAGGAUCACAUCAAUUUACGGCUAUUACCUUUACCUCGUUUAGUGUAUCUUGUCUCCAAUUGUCUCCUUUUUUUCUCUUACAGCGAACCUUGUGCAUCUUUUACUUUAUCCCAGUCCCCGUGUGUUUCUUUUUACCCUUCUCCAGCCUCUGUAUUUCUCUUUCCCCCAGCCCCUUUUGUGUUGUUCUUAGCCCCAGCCACUUUGUCUCUUUCUCCCCUUCCAAAUCUCAUCUGUGUGUCUCUUUCUAACUCCAGACUCUGUGUGCCUCUGUCUCUUCUCCCAGUCACUCUUUGUCUCUUUUUCCCAAGCCCAGCGUUGCCUCCCACAAAUCUUGUGUCACUUUGUUCCCCUUCCCUACUGUAUGUCUCUUUGUCCCCCCAACAAACCUUCUGUGUGUCUCUCUUCCCCAUCUCUUCUCUGUGUCCCCCCUUCUCCUGUGUCUCUCUAUUACCCCUCUCUUUGUCUUUCCAACCCCCUAUUACCCCUCUGUCUCUUUGUCCCCCCUUCCCUGGUGUCUCUCUAUUACCCCUUUCUUUGUCCCCCCAUCCCCUGUCUCUCUAUUACCCCAUCUGUCUGUGUCCCCCCUUGCCCUAUGUCUCUCUAUUACAGCUCUGUCUCUUUGUCCCCCCCCAACCUGGUGUCUUUCUAUUAUCCCUCAGUCUCUGUGCCCCCCUUCCCCUGUGUUUCUAUUACCCCUCUAUUUGUCCCCCCCAUUCCCCUCUAUUUGUCUCCCCCUAUUCCCCUCUUUUUUUCCCCAUUCCCCUCUUUUUCCCCCAUUCCCUAUUUGUCUCCCCAUUCCCUCUAUUUGUCUCCCCAUUCCCUUUAAUUGUCACCCCAUUCCCCUCUUUGUCUCUCCCCAUUCCCUCUUUUUGUCUCUCCCUCUCCAUUUCCCUCCUAUUUGUCUCCCCAUUUCCCUCUAUUUGUCUCCCCCAUUCCCCUCUAUUUCUCCCAUUCCCUAUUUGUCUCCCCAUUCCUCUAUUUGUCUCCCCUUUUCCUCUAUUUGUCUCCCCUUUCCCUCUAUUAGUCUCCCCUUCCCCUCCAUUUGUCUCCCCAUUUCCCUCUAUUUGUCCCUCCAUUCCCCUCUAUUUGUCUCCCCCCCUUCCCCUCUUUUUGUCUCCCCUCCCUUCUGUGUCCCUUCUGACCUUGUCACAGGAGGUCUGAGGGAGGGGGCAGAGCUAGCUACCAUGCUCCCUUGUGGUUCCCAUAAUUCCCAGCAUCUACACAUCAUAGAGUAAUCCCUACUCUAUGAUGUGUAGAUGCUGGGAAUUAUGGGAACAGCGAGGGAGCAUGGUAGUUAGCUCCGUCCCCUCCCUCAGUCCUCCUGUGCUGACAGCCGCAUGGCUGUCAGUAUCAGUGAGUGUGCAUAGCUGUCAGCACAGGAGAUGGGGCCGCCGGCCGCAAGGUGAGUAAUCACCUCAGAGUGUGCCGCCGGACCGGCCACCCGGCGCCACCGACAUGCGGCCGGUGGCUGUGAUAUUAUUAAAAUAAAGGGAGCAGGGCUCCCUCUCUCUCUCCAGCCCCCCAGGUGCCGCGGCCCACCGGGAAAUUUCCCGGUAUCCCCGUGGGCCAGUCCGGCCCUGGAUAGUUCCAGAAACAUGUCAUUACCCAAAGGGAACUGUUUAUAUCAGGGCUGUAAAACUCAUUGUUCGAUAGUGCAAAAUUGUCCACAGAAAUUGGUAUGGAGGGACAUGCAUAAAAAAUAUAUACACACAUAAGCAGACACAAAGAACUUCACAUAAUGUCAUAAAUAUAAUUUAUUACUUUCUUACAACAAUAUAAAAAUAUUUAUUUGUGGGUAGUGUUGCCAUUUUAAUGUAGUGGUGUGUUUGUGUGUAGUGUUAAAAUUGAAUAACAAGGGUGUAUCUGGGUGUAGUAUUGGAGAAUGAAGUUGUGUGUUAGUGUGUGCGUUUGAAUGCAGGGAUGUGUUUGUAGUAAUGGUGAAUUUAGGGCUGUGUUUAUGUGCAGUGUUUGUUUCAAUACAGGGAUGUAUUUGUUUGUGUUGUUGGUGUUUGAAUGCAGUGGCGUAUUUAUAUGCACUGUUUGGAGUGCGUGGGUGUAUUUGUGUGCAGUGUUGACAUUUGAAUGCUGUAAUGUAUGCACUGCCACACACAAAGACAUACUGGUACAUAUACACAAAAACAGAUACAAUGGUACACAUGCACUCUUAAAAAUGUACAGACACACACACACACACACACACAGAUAUGUACAUACUCAGAUACACACAGGUAUACAUACACUCUGACAUACAUACAGAUACACACACUGACACAGAUAUGCACACACAUUCGGAUACACACUAUUAUAUAUAGUCACCCUCUUGUUUCCUUACCUUUUGUGUAGAGGAGGGUGGCAUCCCUGCGGUCCAGUGGGAGGUGACUGACCAAGGCUGAUAGGAGUCAGAGUUUCCAAACUUCCCUCCCCUUACCUGUGUGUUUAUGACGCCUGCUCUGGUACGCUGUUAACGGGCCAAAUAUUGUGGGUGUUUGUUUGACAGCCUUAAAGGAAUCUUUAUUACCCAUGAUCAAUAAUGACUAACUGUUUAAUAUUUGAAAUCAAGAUUCUAAUAUCAGGCUUGUGGUUAAAGGACCACUAUAGUGCCAGGAAAACAUACUCGUUUUCCUGGCACUAUAGUGCCCUGAGGGUGCCCCCACCCUCAGGGACCCCCUCCCGCCCGGCUCUGGAAGGGGGAAAGGGGGUAAAACUUACCUUUUUCCAGCGCUGGGCGGAGAGCUCUCCUCCUCCUCUCCGCCUCCGUUACGCCCCGCCGGCUGAAUGCGCACGCGCGGCAAGAGCUGCGCGCGCAUUCAGCCGGUCACAUAGGAAAGCAUUCAUAAUGCUUUCCUAUGGACGCUGGCGUGCUCUCACUGUGAAAAUCACAGUGAGAAGCACGCAAGCGCUUCUAGUGGCUGUCAAUGAGACAGCCACUAGAGGAUUAGGGGGAAGGCUUAACCCAUUCAUAAUUAUAGCAGUUUCUCUGAAACUGCUAUAAUUAUGAAAAAAUGGGUUAACCCUAGAAGGACCUGGCACCCAGACCACUUCAUUAAGCUGAAGUGGUCUGGGUGCCUAGAGUGGUCCUUUAAUUCAUUGGUAGUGGUAUAAAUAGUAAAAUACAUGUGUUCAAAAAGAUUUGACAUGCAGAUUUUAGGUCAAAAUACCUGAUUUGGAAAUUUGAAAUUAACUUUGAUUUCACGACAAUGCUCACCCUGUAAGUGACAGCCAGCCUACAUUUUAUUAUUAUUAUUAUUUUUUUUUAAAAAGACAUUUUAUUAGGCCUCAGUAUUUUAGGAUAAGCUAUGUAAAUUAUAACAACCUAUUUGAAACACUUUUAAAAUUAUUUAUCCACAGAAGUGCGAUUUUUGUAGAUAAAUAAUUUGCAAAGAUUUUAUAUUUUUUAACAGAGUGUGAUCAUUUAGGAAUCUUAUCUCCAAAUAGUAAAACGAGGUCUUAGUAUGUAACUUUGUUAGUAAAACAUAUAUAUUUUAUAUUCAAUAAUACUAUACCAAAAUGCUACAUAAAGAGCAAUGUGAAAUUAAUUAAGGAAAACAUUAAUACAAAAUUUUGUGUUUGCUUUUUAGUUUGAUGAUUUACUCCGUGAGACAUUAGAGAAGGAUGUUUUGGAGCCUGCAGUCAAGAAAGAAUUUUACCAAAGGUUGGUACCAAACAUGUUGGUUAUGGUCAAACCAAACCUGCGUGUCUAACUAACUAUUAAUCCCUGGUAAUUACAAUGCCAAGGAAACAUAGCUUACAAAUUUAAAGGACCACUCUAGGCACCCAGACCACUUCAGCUUAAUGAAGUGGUCUGGGUGCCAGGUCCUUCUAGGGUUAACCCAUUUUUUCAUAAACAUAGCAGUUUCAGAGAACUAUGUUUGUGAAUGGGUUAAGCCUUCCCCUAUUUCCUCUAGUGGCUGUCUCAUUGACAGCCACUAGAGGCGCUUGCGUGCUUCUCACUGUGAUUUUCACAGUGAGAGCACGCCAGCGUCCAUAGGAAAGCAUUGAUAAUGCUUUCCUAUGUGACCGGCUGAAUGCGCGCGCAGCUCUUGCCGCGCGUGCACAUUCAGCCGACGGGGAGGAGAGAGGGAGGAUCGGAGGAGGAGAGCACUCCGCCCAGCGCUGGAAAAAGGUAAGUUUUAACCCCUUUCCCCCUUCCAGAGCCGGACGGGAGGGGGUCCCUGAGGGUGGGGGCACCCUCAGGGCACUAUAGUAUAGUAUGUUUUCCUGGAACUAUAGUGAUCCUUUAAAAUACUUCACACAAUAAAGAAUGGUGAAAAUUCCAAAUCUCCAUUUCAGCAAAGUGAAAUAACAGUGACUGUAAACAUAUGGUAUUGAUGCCUGAACCGGGACAAAGAGGGCUCUGAUGUGAUGCUCAAUGUCUGUCACAAAGCAGCCAUUGAUAUUUAAAACUCUCUAUUAAAUGUACAUGCUGAGACAAAUGAGACAUAUCACCAACUUGUAACCUUUUGCACGUAGAGCUGGUAUCACUUAUGAAACAAUGUAUCAGUGCAGAGCAGACAGGCAGAAAGAACUAAGCUUGAAACAAAGACCCCCAUCAAGAGGGGAGUGAAGGGAAAGAACACAGCUUGGGCAACUUUAUGAAUAUUGAAGGAAUGGUACAUAGAGGAGUAAUGUAGAGCUAUAAAUUCCUAUGAUACUGUAGAAGGGGACCAACAUUGGGGGUUGGAAGUAUUCUAAUUUGGUUGAAAAAGAGCAUACAUACGUACAAUAUAGUAUUGAUUGUAGUUAAAUGGUAAUGAGAUAAAGGUGGGUCAAGUGGGCUCUAUGGAGUUCCUAGAAAAGGACAUUCGUAAGCACCAGAACCACUGUCCCUGCAUUUUUCUGAGAAAAGGCAAUGUUUACAUUGCAGCCUAACACCACGUUUGGUGGCUGUCACUCGCACUAGCUCCCCAAUGCUUCCUUAUGGGAAAGUAUUGGAUCAGUAAUGAUGAUCUCAGCCGGAGGAGUAGUGGCCAUGAUGAAAAAGGUAAGUAAAACAUUUAUUUUAUAAAUACUAGGGGUGCCCAAUAAUCCAAAUAGGUUGUGUAACACUCUAAUGUGAGCAAUACUGUUUGUAUUCUUAAUAUUAGAGUUUUCCUUUGAAGGGUUACUCCAUGCAUCAUAACCCCAACAGCCUGCUGUAGUGAUUAUGUGAUGAGUAGCCUGGCGCCGUUUCCUAUUAAUGGGAAAACCUUUUUUUAAUGGGUUGCCCUAUUACCCGGUUCUGCUGCGCACCGGGUAUCCUCUGAAGCAGGGUUUAGGACAUUGAGGGUAAGGGCAUGGGUAAUCCCAUCAGGCAUCAACGCUUCUAUGCUUCUGUCUGUGACAGCAUUAAGUUUCUACAGAGCUGUAAAAGCUCAAUGUCAUUUAUUAGUUGAAGGCGUCAGCUGACCGCUCUCAGCUAAAAAGUGACGUUUUGUGCAUAGGAAUUUGCAUAAAAUUUACAUUAGCCAGUGUAGAGCACUAGUUCCGGACAGGCUAAUGACGUCCCAAUGAUGCCGGCCGAGGUGGAGUCUCAUCUCUGGUAGCAAAGAGCUUACGUAACUCCUUAUGUGAACAGUUUGAUGAUGACAGACUACACAUACUGACUCCAGGCACCAUGGCCACCAGAGUGGUCAUGCUGCUUGGAUUAACACUUUAAUAUAAAAUUAUUUAUUUCUGGUGAGAAAAUGGGAAACACAGGAUAUUGCUGAGAAAGUGACUGUAGAGCAAGCUCCAAUAGAGAGAGAGAUGGUUAAAUAAUGUGUAUAUUAAUAUAUAUAUAGGAAUACUGUUAACUCAUUUAUAUUUGUAAGUAUUUUGUUUGAUGUUACAUUUGCAGAUUUAUAUACAUAAACGUAGUGUAUGUUUUUGUGGUUUUAAUGCUUUCACAAAAAUAUAAAAAAACAGAUCAGUUUGUCCAUUUGUCCCUCCCUCAGAAAAAACUUGCUUAUUAUCCAGGGAUCUAAAUAUGAUUGUGUGAGGGCUUUUUCCUUUCUUUUUUAUAGGCAUUGCUAAAAAUGUGAAUUGUUGUUAAUACAUUGCUCAGUUCUAUGUCUUUGGUAAUAACUGUCUAUUUUUACAUAGAUGUGUUCAAUUAAAGAACUUGGUUGACAAAAACAAGGAAGCUCUUCAGAAGCUGAAAAAAGUAAGUCGAGCACACUGACUACACUGUUUAUAUGUGUUAAAACAAACAUUCGGUUAAUAAGAAUAUAUAAAAGCAACAGAAAUGGUACUGACAUUUUGCCUAAACAGUUCCAUUACUGGUCAGUCUCUGAGCUUUUUCUCUCCAAUUUAGAAUAUGUGGCAUGAAUUCUAGGGCAGGUGAGGCUCUCUUACCACUUGACUGGGAUGCAGAAGUGAAAUUGUAAAAUAAGCGACAACUUAACAACAAUAUUCUGCAAAUUCUAAAAUUAUACUCCUAAACAUCCCAGUUAUGUUAUCUUCCAGCUUUCAUUUCUGCUCUCAUGACAUCAAAGAGCAGAAAAAGCAAUGCCUUUAUAUGGCUUCCUCCUCUAGAUCUGGAGACAUAUUUUAGAUACGGCAAUUCUGGUAUAACCGGUUUUAUGGCACUAAGUGAAAUAUAUUUCCAACAGUGCCCUUUUACUGGUGAUCCAGCAAAAGAUAGGUCAUAUAGACUGUUACUGAGUUGCACUUGUACACAUUGAUUUUAUGUAUAUAUUCGUGGCUCCUGUAAUGAGGCUCUAUUACGCAUCGCUGUGCUUAUUCAUAUUAAAUAAUGUUAGCCCCAGUGUGAGCGAGCUUCAGGAAUACAAUAACACUUACACAUGAUCUUGUGGGAUAUACACAUUAGGAGUAUUCAGCUUAGAAGAUGUCAUAACAGGAUUACAGUGAGGGAGUUAACUAUUCAUGCCAUUUCCAAAUGUCAAAUCUAUUAUUUUAACUUGAUUGAGAGAUAAUUUAAAUAACUUUUCUGAAAAGAGACAUGGAUAGUUCUUUUUUUUUUUUUUUUUCACAAACUAGUAAAUGCAUGAAUGUAAGAGAAAAAUAAAUAUGAGAUUUCCUUAUAACGUUACUGCUUCGUCUGCCUCCAUCUUUUAACAAACUCUUGUUUUUUUUCAGAGAAGCUGUAGUGAAUAAACAGCUAAACACUGACUUAUACUUGCCAGUGUUUCCACUUAGAAAUGGAUGGGAGUUGCUGACUCUUUUGCAGUACACCUCUAUAGUCUACUAGUCAAAAUAAUUGAUACUCUUGCAGCUUUACUGUAUUAUGAAUGAGUAAUUACUUUUAUUUAGAAAAACUGAACAUGGUCAGGUUGUAUGGUCAGGUGGGCAUGGGCAGUUUAAUAGAACACUCUAGACCAGGGGUAGGCAACCUUCAGCACUCCAGAUGUUGUGGACUACAUCUCCCAUAAUGCUGGCAAAGCAUCAUGGGAGGUGUAGUCCAAAACAUCUGCAGUGCAGAAGGUUGCCUGUGCCUUCUCUAAGCUUUCAGCCUAUCAUAGCUGCGCAUAACUAGUAUGAGUUAAUUAGGCUAAGGCUUUUGUCAACUAUCCAUAUGCCUUAUAGUUAGAGCAGGGAAUAGAUCACAUUUUUCCGAGUGAUUCUUCUGAAUAAUAUGCUUGGCAGGCGUGCAUUGUAACCAUUCAAGUCUUUCUCAACGGACCUCUAAAGAUACCUUCUUUAUGCUUUUUAAUGUACUGUUUGCCAAUAAACACCUUAAAAAUGUAAACUCUGCAAAUACUUUGCUCAAAAUUUUUCUCAUUCUUUCUUAGUCUGAUGAACCGGCACCCGUGGGUAGCUAUGAGCAGCAGAAAGAAGAGGAAGAGGGGCGUUUGUUAAAGCUAUCUGAUCAGCUCCAGAAGCUUACCCUAACAUUGGCACAGGGAGACGGAGAGGUCAGGUAAGUUACAUCUCAUUAGUGAUCUACUUAUUGAACAGAACCAAUUGAUAGUGCAAAGCCAUAAAUAAAAGGAUUCAUGAUGAAGCCAGUAAAGCUCACAUUUUUUGUUUGCCUCUAGCAGCUUACAAGUGAAAAUGUAUCCCUAGCAAGUAGAACUCCUCUGAGUAUGCUAUACAUUUUCCAGGCUUGCAGCAUCUAGUACAUUUUAAAGUCUAGCUCAGGGGUCCUCAAACUAAGGCCCGCCAGGGUCCUGAACCCGGCCCAAGCACUCAGGGCCACCCGAUGGGCCCUAUAUCUUCAGGGACCCGGUCAGCGCUGCAGCUCCGUGCGGGAGGGAAGAGAGCCAGGCCAUGGGAGCCAUGCCGACUCCCAUCAGCCACAGCCACCCUCCUGUAAAAAAGGUAAGCAAAAUUAGUUAUGUAUGUAUGUGUGUGUGUCUGUAUGUAUGUAUGUCAGUAUGUGUGUGUAUGUAUCUGCGUGUAUGUAUUUCAGUCUGUAUGUAUUUCAGUAUGUAUGUGUUUGUAUCUAUGUAUGUAUGUCAGUAUGUGUAUGUAUGUGUGUGUGUAUGUAUUUCAGUAUGUAUGUCUGUGUGUAUUUAUGUAUUUUAGUCUGUAUGUAUGUCUGUGUGUAUGUAUCUGUAUGGAUUUCAGUAUGUAUGUAUGUCAGUAUAUAUGUAUGUAUGUCUGUGUCUGUCUGUUUAUGUAUGUAUGUCAGUAUGUGUGUGUGUAUUUAUGUCCUUAUGCGUGUGUUUGCAGUGUGCAUAGGAAUUCGUUCAUUUUUUUUUUAUAGUCCGGCCCACAGCAGUGUCUGAGGGACCGUGAACUGGCCCCAUGUUUACAAAGUUUGAGGACCCCUGGUCUAGCUAGUAGCAUAGGAUGUAACGUUUUUAAACCCUUAUAAUGCUGAAAGCAUUUUGGAUAAAUUAUAAGAGCACACGUAUAAUACACUUUUUUUUAAAACUAAAGCAAGUCUCCGGGAGCAUUUUUUAAUCAGUAACAAAUGGUUUCUGUUUGUUUCAGACAGGCUUAUAAACAGGUGUUUUUGAAUAAUUAAACUGAAAGCAGAACCAGUCCCAUAUCUUGGGUGUGUGUUUGAUUCUUUCAUUUGGCAUCUAUAACUGACUUUUCCCAACUUUAAAAAAUGAUGAAGAGUAUUUCAGUUGUUGCAUUAGUUAACAUGUUAUUAUAUUUUUAGGGCUAAAAUCGCAACUAAAUGUACCUUUAUUCCAGUGCCAGUAGAGUCUCAUUGCUGCAGCACUAAACGGCCUUCUUUAAAGUUAUUAAUAAUCAAACACUGCUUAUCGAGAAUCAUUAAGACACAUGGAGCAUAUGCGGUAAUCACUGCAAAUUGGUCUUCAACAACCAGUGCUUUAAUAGACUGGAAUGUCCCUUUAAUAAUCGUGAACAGACACAUUCUAAAGUACAAAAUUAACUCCUGUUAAGGUACCCCUAAUUGCUUAUUUUCUUACAAAGGCCACAAUUUAACAUUAUUAAAAAAUCACUGUGAAAAAUUGACCGGUUUCGUCUCAUUAUUGCAAUAAAUUUUGGCUGAAUGUUAUGCCGAUAAACAUUCAAUAAAAGCUGCUCAAUCGAAAUCUUACCAUAAAUGCGCUUCAGAAGUACGUUUUUUCUGACUUUUUAAAUGACUUUUUAAUGACUAAAGAAUUAUAUAAAAUAUGACCCAGUAGAACAAUAUACACCAACCCAAAAAGGCCAAGUAAAUAAUAUGUGUUUUCCUGCUCUAUGCAGUUUCAGUCAGAGAGCUCUGAAGUGGAUGACUGUUUGGUAAUGGCGUUAUAUUGUCUUGUGCCAACCAAAUAAUGCAACAUGGUUAAAGCAAACAUUUUUCAGAAGCACUAAGGUUGAAGAAUAGAAAGCCAUAUUUGUUGUAGUUAAUUCAGUACAAUUGCAAAAAUACUGGGUUUGGAAAACAAAACAAAAACUAGGGAAUUUAUUCAUAAUUAUUAAAUGUGCAUCCAAGGUGAAAACUUAAAUCAAGCCAGUGUACACAUGCCAAGGUCAAAACCAGAAUAUCAGUAAUUUAAAUUGCAAGGGAAUAACAGAGAGAAUAGUGUAAAAGUCUGAGUGAAUACUUCCGUCGGAGACAAAUGACAAGUGUGAUUACUUUAUGCAUAGUGGAGGCCAAGUCAAGGAAGUAAACGGUGUUCUGAGACGCUUUAGGGAACAGAGUGGAGGCAUUCGAGGCGAAUGGACAUGCUGCAGAGAGGAAAAAAAGGAACACCGCAUAUGCUGAAUAGCACACUCUUGUAAGAUAAAAUCUUAAGAGAUCAGUGUUUCCACCACAUGUGUGAUUAAAACAUGUGUAUAGGUGAACAAACGACACGUAGUAUAUACCGUUUAGUAGGCAACCCAAGGAAUUACUGCAAAAUAUAAUAUAAACUGCCUCAAGUACAUCAACAUGGGUGGGAUGGAAGAUACUCCUGAAGUCUUGGAGCUGGUAUUCAAUCUUGGGAAAUGUGCUGGGCUUUUCUGAAAGCUAAACAAUUGAGCUAUUUGUAAAAUAAAAAUACUGAAAGAUUUGUUGAAUAAAAUACAGAAUUGCACAAUUCAGGCUAAAAAUAGUCAGUCUAUGACUAUGCUUUUUAAUUUUUGGCUGUGUUUUGCAGUUCCAUUUUUAAUUUGCUGCAAUUCAUUGUGAAUAAACCCUUGUGAGUGUUCACCAACACAAAAUUACCCAAAGUUUAGAUAUAUGGAUUAGAGUGCAAAUGUACACCCAAUCUUUAGAAAACUUCUCCAAGGCUGUGCAAUAGGACCAAUUCACUCAUAUCAUAGGAUUUUGUGAUUGAUUAAAGAAAUACAUAUUCUAAUAUUGUCUGGUUUUAUAUAUGUUCGUCUGUGCUGCUCAAACAUAAUAUUGGAAUAGAGCACAACCUAUUUUUUUAUGUUUAAACUCUUUUAUUGUCAUUAAACAAUGAAGAGUUAUAAGCAAAUUGUGAAAUUCAACAGUUGUGAAAGCGACAUAAAAAUGGUUAUUAGUUGGCAUAUUGUUUGACAUUUUACAUAUAUUUUAAAAUUAAACAAAAUCCGAUUAAAUAAAAUAUAAAAAUGAGAAAUAAUUCAACAAAACAUACAUAUCCUCUUUUUAAGCUGGUAGCAGAGCUGCUGCAUCUUUGGUCCAUUAUUACCAUUUUAAUUCACUGACUACCUGUUUGUGUAAAGAUGAGGAGCCAUCAGUUAUUUAUGAAAGCUGACUGACUGUAAUAUUGUUUUGAUAGAUAUAGAUAUUCUGGAGCCGCAAACAUCUGUCCUAGCAGUCCUCACCUUUUGUGGCUCCUCGUCACCACCCGUGCUCCUCAGGUCCCGGCCAACCUUUUUUCCUCUGCAACAAUAUGCUUUAGCAAUAAUGUCAGGUUUUCUUACACACACCUUUAUUCACACACUCAACAGAAAUAUACCCCUACAGUCACACAAUAGCACUCCACACAAAUAUACCCUUUAAUUCAUAUACAACUCUGAAUAGAUAAACACACUUGUACUCCACAUACAACCCUGUAUUCAGACUGCAAACAAAUACCCUUUACAUUCACACACAUCUAAUUCCAUUGUUGGAGCAUGUCUUGUAUCAUAACCAAAAUGCUGUUUAUGUGUGCUGUGAGUAUAUUUACAUAGCAUAUUUAGAGUUGCAUGGAAUAACUCUCCAACAGUAAACUAUACUUUUUACCACUAGUGGUAUUAUUACACUUGCACUUCUUUACUACUGAGAUAUAUUUAGAAAUUUAUUAAUGCAGUAUUUUUUUCUUCUUCAGGGAUCAAACAUCUAGAAAUCACUCAAGAGCCAGUGAUGUUGAUGAUGAUGAUGAUGAAGAGGAAAGUGAAGAAGAACAGGAGGAAGAGGAGGAAGACGAAGAGAGUGAGGAGGAAGAAGAGGACGACACAGAAUUUGAUGCAACCAUUAGAGAAUUCAUCACCCUGGGAGAUUUCCAAGCCCAACAGAAAGAUGAUUUAACAUUUCAAGUAAACGAGCCUAUAUUAGUGCCAAUUAUACUGAGUUAAAUAGAGUAACCAUCCUGGUGUGCUCUGCUUUCUUAAACUGCUUUUAUUAACUCAAAUGUUGUUUUAAAACCAUUUACUGUCAGUUAGGAAUGCCGUAGUCAACCUGCUGUAAUUGCUAUGGUGCCAGGAGUCUCCUAACAGCAUUUAAUGGCAAGCAGUCAAAAUGUUUUCAAUGGAUUGACACUUCCAUGGGUCCCGGCAGCACUUCUGUUCUGACCUCAUUUUUUAUAUUAAUAUGCAGAAGUUCCUUUUUCCGCAUUAGUAAUGCCAAUUUCACUUGUGUUUAUACAGAAUUUAUUGGAUGAGAGCAUAAACACACUCUUAAUCAAUUCAUUUUACAACAUUGAUAUAUCAAUUGUAAAAAAGGGAUCCCCCGCCUCAGAUAUAUGACAAAUAGUCACCAGAUCAGAGGCUCUUGGAAGACCCAGGUAAGUGUCAAGCCGAUAGAAAUGUUUAAUUACAUACAAUGGGAUGACGUUAGGUACUCCUGCCACCAUAACCACUACAGUUGGCUGUAGUGGCUAUGGUAGCUCUAAAGGGACACUAUAGUCACCAGAACAACUACAGCUUAAUGUAGUUGUUUUGGUUAGUAUAAUCAUUGCCUUCAGGCAUUUUCAUGUAAACACUGCCUUUUCAGAGACAAUGCAGUGUUUACAUUGCCCCUAGGGACACCUCCAAGUGGCCUCUCCUUAGAUGGCCACUGGAGGUGCUUCCUGGCUCAGUGCUGUGUAUUAGACAGCACUGCCGUUCAGCGAAUCCACGCUCUGCAUGGUGACGGUGAAUUUUCCUCACAGAGAUGCAUUGAUUUAAUGCAUCUCUAUGAGGAGUUGCUGAUUGGCCAAAACAGCAUUUGGCCCCACCCCUUGCCGAUUUUAGCCAAUCCAAUGCUUCCCCAUGGGAAAGCAUUGGAUUGGCUAAAAAUCAGCAAUUCUGAUGAUGUCACCAAGAGGGCGGGGCCAGCAGACCCACAUGAUCCUGGAAAUAAGGUGAGUUUAAAUUCCUUAUAAGGAGGUUAAAGGGGGCAAGCCACCUAAAUGGUGGGUUUAGCACUAUUGGGUCAGGAAUACAUGUUUGUGUACCUGACCCUAUGGUGCUCCUUUAAAUGUAUAUAAUCAAAACGUAUGUGAUGAUAGUUAAAAAAAAACAAGUUAUAAUUAUUAAUUCACCAAAAGAGUGUUUAUGCUUCAAACACUCUUGAGCUCCUAGUGCUUGGAUAUAGUACAAGGAAUAAGUAUGAUCAAAAAUGCAUAACCUUGUUAAAUAGCUAACCUUCACCAAAUAAUGAAUAUGCCUACAUAUCACUUCAGCAUUACAUCAGUUGUAACAAGCAAAAACCAAAAAAAGUAAAUUAAACAUUAAAGGAAAAUUCCAAGAGGAACGUUUCAAGAGAAAUCUGCACUUAUAUAAAGGUACUAGUUGGUGACAGCCAGGAAGGUACUCAUCCUCUCAUGUUAUUCAAAUAUGUACAUUCUAAAUGAUUUUAUUUCCAAUUCACUUGUCUUUUUUUAAAUUAUGUAAAUUUACCACAAGGGGGAGCAGAUUGCUAUAUAUCAGGGAUAGGCAACCUUCGGCACUGCAGGUGUUUUGGACUACACCUCCCAUGAUGUUUUGCCAGCCUUAUAGCUGUAAUAGCAUUGUGGGAGAUGUAGUCCACAACAUCUGCAGUGCCGAAGGUUGCCUACCCCUGCAAUAUACUAUAGAAGUAGGACUUAGCCUGGUAAGGGCAAGAGAGAGCAAAUUCCUUGAUAUUGUGUCAAUGUUGACAUGCAAUUGGUCCUGAUAGGGUUAAGCCACAAAGAAAGGCAUUGUGUUUAAUAAAGCAGUACAUAUUCUAAGAGGAAAAUAUAUUUCCUGAAAUUUUUAGUGCAAGGAUUUGGCUUUGUGCUAUAAUUCCAAUUGUGUGACCAUUUCAUAUGUAAAUUCAUUAUCCUUACUUUGAAGUAUUAUUUCAAAAUGCUUUUUUUUCUCUAAAGAAUAUGAGCCUGUAUAGAUAUGGAUUCAUGUUUGGAGUUACCUCUCUCCACUUGGGGAAUUAACUAGGGAGUGGGAGGGUUGUUGUUAACAGGCUCAAAAGAAUUAGGGAUCGUCAUUGAGUGUUCACACAAGAUCACUGGGCAUCCUCAGGUCUACUUGUAACUGAGAUUGGAGGCUUGAGGACAUCCUAUACAAAUUGUAUUAUUAUUUCCCUCUAACCCACAGACUGGGAAAGAGGUGUAAAGGUCAUUAACUGGGCCCUAUCUGGUAUAUAGUUCCAUCCUCCCCAUAAACAAGGAGGUGAAGGAAAGUGUAGGGAUGAUUUACCAAACCCUUACCUAGUAUGUUGUUUCCUCUGUCCCAUUGUACACAGCAGCACUAGAUACACAGCAGUUUAAAUCAUUUCUGUGUAAUAUUUCUGUAAGCCUGUAGCUGAUCUUUGGUUCUUUCUCUGUUUUAUAUAUUGAUGCAGAAAGGUGAAGUUCUGCAGAUUCUGGAUAAGAAGCCCGAUGGCUGGUGGCUGGCUCAGGACUCCCAGGGUAAUAAAGGCCUUGUACCUAAAACUUACCUACAGGUGAGUUCCUGUGCUGAUAUCUUUGUUUGUAAUUUUAAGGUUAGCUCUGAAUUCACCAAUUUAAUACCAUAUUAUAAUUCGACAACAUAAAAGUGAGCUUGCACAGCCUUAUUAUAUGUACUCUUUCCUAAUAUUUACUUCCCCUUUUUUGUAUGGUUGACAAUGUUAAAGUUUUUUAUACGUUGAUGGAGCUAUAUGAAUAAGUGCAUGAAUACAUAAGUAUAAUCACAUAUUUAAACUUGCUGUAUUUAAAUAAUGAUUUAACUGUUCGUAUACGCUUCUACAAAUGAUCACACACAAAAGUUGAUUACUUUUUAAAGUAUUGUCUUUCCAGGAGUAGAACCUCAUUCACUGGUUUGUGGUUGAAGAAGAUCCAAUUCUAUUUUUUCUUUUCUUGCAUUAUUUCUAUCAGGCAUACAACAAAGGUGAGCAAAGUCAAGAGCCUAGUGAGGAAGAAAGCGAAGAAGAGGAGGAGGAGGAAGCAGCAGAUAUAAAAGAUGUCAGUCGGGAGAGGUAAAUCUCAUCUAGUAGUUGGCUUAAUAGAUCCCAUUUUAACGCAACUACUCUGUAACGAAAACAUAAUCAUAUACAGUGAGCUUGGCAUUUGGUGUACCUGGAACCAGAGGGGUAACUAGAAACCACGGGGCCCCGGUGCAAAAAUUGCCCUGGGGCCUCCCACAUACGUCUACCCCCCUCCCCAUGCGUCCGCUCCUCCCCACCACACGCAGACACACACACACACAUACAGACACACAGACAGACAUACAGACACACACAGAUAUACUGAUACAGACAUUCUCUAUCACACACACACACAAACUGUUAAAAUAUAUUUAGUGACUUACCUGGGGCCCAGUGGCUGCCUCAUGCUGAUGGGAGUCAGAACUCCCACUCUGACUCCCUCCUGUCCUCCUGCGCGGCGCUCUGUUGGCUGGGAGGAAGUGACCUCAUCACGGGGCCCGGUUGCACUCUUAAAGCGCUGCAGCGCUGACCGGGUCCCAGGAAAUUCAUUGCCAUUGGGUGGCCCCAAGAGCAUGGCCACCCAAUGGGCUCCUUCAAUGUGGCCCUGACAUUUUUUGCCGCACGCUUGGGUCCGCACUAAAAUGUUGGCGGGCACCCCGGUCCCAGGGGUCGACAGGGAGGCAGCUGCGACCACGGUAGUUCCGUCAGUGCCUGGAACACACCUGAUAGAAUGUAUUCUACGUUUGUUUGCUGUGACCAAUGGAUGGGUGCUUCUUGCUGCAGUGUGAUCUGGUGAACAAUACAAGAGAACUUACCAUAUUCUUCUGCAAAGCUGCGUACUCUAAGAUGCCAGUGGGGAUGUUUCAUCUCAUCUGAACUAGCAAUAUGACAGACUGUAAGUGCAAUGGGCCAAUUUGUCAAUUAGCCAAUUUGUGACUAGAACACUUAAAACCUGAUUAAGGAAUAAAGGGACACUUCAGGCACCCAGACCACUUCUGCCCAUUGGAGUGGUCUGGGUGCCAACUCCCACUACUCUUAACCCUGCAAGUGUAAUUAUUGCAGUUUUCUAUAAACUGCAAUAAUUACAUUGCAGGGUUAACUCCACCUCUAGUGGCUGUCCAGACAGCCACUAGAGGGCACUUCCUGCGUCAUAGCACAGAAAACCUGUACUAGAGCGUCGCUGGAUGUCCUCACGCUGUGUGAGGAGCUUCAGCGUCGCUCAAUUCCCCAUAGGAAAGCAUUGAAAAGCAUUAGGUCUCCCUUGCCGGUGGACGGGAUCAGUCUCACCCACCGGCCGACGUAAUACAGAGGAGGCGCAGGGGCGGAGGGAGAAGCAGCGACGUGGGACAUGUUGCUGCCUCUGGUGAGUCACUGAAGGGGUUUUCACCCCUUCAGCAACCGGGGAUUGGGGGGUGGGAGGGAGAGGGGACCUGCAGUGCCAGGAAAACGGAUUGUUUUCCUGGCCCUGGAGUUACCCUUUACAUGCUUGCACGUUCGCUGUUGUUAGAUUUUUCCUCAUUACUUUGAUUUAUUCCUUCUAUGGCUUUGAUUUAAAGGGACACUAUAGGCACCAUAACAACUGGUUGAAGUGGUAAUGGUGCAUGGAGUCUGUGGGUGCGGUUUACGCAUCACUGCUAAAUGAUUCACAUUGGAUGUAAUGGCAAUAUCAUAAUUCAUCUGUAAGGUCACAAUAUUAAUAUUAAAGUUUAGUGUUUUGUAAGUUGACAUCCUUGGCGAUCUCCAAAAAGUGAUAUACCCUUUCAUUAUAGAACAGGGAUAACAAACUUUCACACCAAGGCCAAUAACAUUUUCUUUUUUGACAUAAUCAAACAUGCAUAAUAUAGUAAGAAUCAAUCUGCCAAUCAUUUUUUUGUCAGAGCGACCCUCAAAAAUUGGAGCUUGUCAUCUCUGGUGCCUGAUAUAGUACAUUUUAGAAAAUUAUACCAGCUGUAAAUAUUACAUCCUUGUUUUUACUAGACCUGCUGAAGAUACGGUUUCUCAAACAAGCCCUGCUAAGAAGACACAAGAGGUAAAUAACAUACAUUGUUUUUAGGUUUUGCAAUAGUUGUGUUGUGAAGUUACAUUAUAUUUACAGUAAUAUUGUCUGGAAAAACCUCAUCAGUUUAACAGUUGACAAGCCCUGCUGCUACUGCUUAUCCAGAAGAAGACUAUUUAUUGGGAGAUUUUAUGCUGAAAUUGAACCCCCUCCAUUAAUAUAUUAUGUAUUAUUAAUAUCACAUGAAGAUAGCAUAUGUUAUAAACAUGUUGUACAUGAUCUUGAAUGGGCUAGUGGUGAACUAUGUGAAGUAAGAAGAGAAUGGAGUUAACUAUAGUUGCAGAGACGUUUGCCUAAAAGUGGAAUUGCCUUGCCAAGUCUAUACAUUCCCAGUUUAAUCAAUGGACCCCAAUUAUUAUUAAACCGUUUGCAGCCUCAUGAAAUAACCAAAGGGUAAAAUGUUAUCUUGGCAAAGAAGACCAGCCAGCCUGUAUUUUAUAGAAUAUUUUACAUAAUGGCUGAUCAUGUUCUAAUGAAGUAAUUAUAUUGUUUCAGAUGAGUACAACAGAUGCUUUAACCAUGAUGGGCGCAAUACCUUCUGGGUUCCGCUCGUCAACUCUGGCACAGCUUUUAGAGCAAGGUAAAAGUGCCCUUUGUUCAAAUAUGUAGAUGCUGGAUACUUUUUACUGAACUAACUUUGAUAUGUUGGGAGUUCAUGUUCAUCAAUGCAGUUUAUCAGGUUCUAUCCAACUGUAUCAUUUAUUUUAAUUUUUUUUAAUAUGUGAUUUUUUUCUUUUGAGCGUGUAGGACAUUACAGUUUUACUUAUUGUAUAUUAACAAAUUGUUUAUAAUAAAGACAAAAUUUAUGAUGUUAGUGUCUUAAGCUUGUUACAGGCUAAAAUGAUUAGAUACCAAACAAGUCCAAACGUGCUGCUGCUCGUAUCUGUAACGCACAUUUGGCUGCAUAAUAUAAAUAAAAGGCACAGUUUCUCCUUAUCAUUAAAGUGAAUUGGCACUUAUGUAAUAUAUAAACAUGAAUGAAAACCUCUAAUUAAAAAUUGAAGUUAUUUCAGAUUCCACUGCAAGUAUCACCAUUGAAUGUAUAUAUAUAAAUAAUAUGUCACUGCAUCACAAUCUGCAAUACCACUAACAAUAAGUAAACAAUCUCAUGCCUAAAUUUGCCUAAAACGUUUUCUUUACAUUUCUAUGUGGGUGUUUUCCACUGUAAUUUUAGGGUUUCUUAAAUCUCUUUAAGUACGGGUGACAGGCAGGAGAAUUGCCUGCAGUAAGAAUACUGAUGAUUCUGGAAAGGUUUACAAACUCUCUUGCCAUUUAAGAUAUUUUACUCUGAAUUGUUUAUUAGUGAUUCGUUUGGUCCCUGGCUAAACUGUACACAAUUUCAUUUUUACAUAGGUGAUCAAUUUAGAGCUAAUAUGUUCCUCCAACCAGAACUCACCCCUUCUCAGCUGGCAUUUAAGGAUCUGUUAUGGGACCAGGAGAGAGAUGGUGUAAGUAAUAGUUGUGACAGUCUCUGAAUCAUUUUUGCAUGUAUUAAACUGCAGGUGUUCACUAUGUAUUAAUGGGUUAUGUGGCCUUCAUUCACUCGAUGCUAGGUUCAGCAGCUUAGCAUCUUUGCAAAUGUAUAACUAGGCUUGAGGCAUGUUAUACCACCAGGUUUUCUGUAUAAAGCUCUAAAACGAUGUGCACAGAAAUAUGAAACUUGCAGAAAGAAAAAAACUGACUAUCCCCAAAUCAUAUCCAACGUGCCCUCUUUAAACCCCUUAAGGACCAAACUUCUGGAAUAAAAGGGAAUCAUGACAUGUCACACAUGUCAUGUGUCCUUAAGGGGUUAAAAGGAAAACUGUAGGCACUAUAACUUCUUCAUCUCAUUAACGUGGUUAUUGUGUCUGGAGGUCUUUGGCUGAGAGUCUAACAUGGUAUAGCUAAAAGGGAGUGAGUAAUCUCUGCCUUAGUUAUACCUCUAGUAGGGGCUGUGCUGUAGGUAUCCCUUAUUUAGUGUUAAACUGCUCAUAAUAGUUUAACACUGAAUGAAGUGACAGUGCCAUGGGUCUCCAGGCACUAUAACAAAUCCAAUGAGAUAAAAUGUUUACAGUGUCCAUUUAAAGGAACACUAUAGGCACCUAUACCAAUAAAUCUCAGUGAAGUCUUUGUCCAGUGUCCCUGUUCCCCUUAGACCUGCAAUGUAAAACAUUUUAUAUUUAGACAAGUUAAGACUGCCUCUAGUGGCUGUCUACCAGACAGACAUUAGAAGUGCAUCCUGCAGUUCCUCAGAGUGUGACUCCGUGAAACAAUGCUGGACGUCCUUACACUUUGCAUGAGGACAUCCAGUGUCAAGCAAAACUCAGUAGAAAUGAAUUGACUCAGUGCUUAUGGGAAAGGCAUAAUGCACGCACAUAUUGAUGCUCAAUGUACGUGCGCAUUAGGUCCCCCCGAUCGGCUUACAUUUACUGAGUAGGAGUAAGUGAAUUAAAGUUUUCAUUUUUUUUUUUAAAUGUUAAAACAAUAUCAGGGGCAGAGAUGGGCUGCAGGGGCAGAGGAGCACUUUGAUAUUAGAAAUACAUAUUUGUUCCUUUAACUAGAGAAAAGGAAUUCUUAAUACUACAGCCGUUUAGAUGGAGUGAAUCCUGUGAAUUAUUGAUAACACUAAUCAGGAUUAUUUACUAUGUAGUUUGCAAAUACAGGAGAUUAAAAAAAUAUAUUAUUUUGGGGGUGGGGCCUGCCCACCAAGAUGGCCGGACUUAUUUCCGCUUAGCUCUGACCCAUCCGAGCACAAAAUCAGCCCUAACUGCUCCUAAUCUCAUUGAUUUAAGCCACACAGGAGUUAUGGCCCGACAUAUACCAAGCGAGAACAAGUCAACGCCUGAUUUGUGCCGCUAUUCUGGACAUUCAAGUCGUCUGACCAUGCGGCCUAGCCGGUCUAGUGGCCUAGUGACCGAGGGAGACUGCUGAUCUCCCGUGGCUAUGUUUGCAAGUCUGUCAAUCUUAUGUACAGCAAAAAUAAAGAAUUUAAAAAAGAAAAUACUCUUUCUGCAUUCUUUUCUUUUUGAAGCAAAACCUGUUUAGUUGCUGUUACAUUAUUGAACAUUAUUAUAAGCCUUCAAGGCGCAGUUUGAGAUAAAGUAAGAGAUAUAUAUAUAUAUAUAUAUAUAUAUAUAUAUAUAUAUAUAUAUAUAUAUAUAUAUAUAUAGUAAAUGUUUUCUCUUACGUCCAACACUGUCCGCAUGGGGAGUGCCUCUUAUUUUUACUUUUUUUUGGUUUUGAAAAACGCAUCAAUUUUGCAUUUUUCUCCUAAAGGAUACAUUUAUUUAUUUGGCUAUUGGCGAACUGGAAUGUGGGGAGGUAAAUUUUACGUCAAACAUAGCCAGAACAAAAAAUAUUAGCGCAAACAAAAUUACCCUUAUUUUUAUAAAUUUUAAUUAAAUGAUUUCCACUAAAUAUGUUUCAUUUUUAUAUAUUUAUUUUUAAAUACUUACAUGAAAGUUUCCCAGCAACUUGAACAAAAUGCUUUUUAUUUUAAGAAUGUUUUUGAUUUUAUUUCAUUUGUUUCUUGAUCUAGAUUGAAUCUGGAUUCCAAUCAGUUUGUUGACUAGAGUAGAUAUAGUUAGCAAAAGCUUGGUUGUGGACAAGUUUGAAUGUGGAAGAUAUUUGCCCCAAGGUGUCAGUUGUGAUAGUAAAUUUAUCUCGCGUUCAAGAUUCAGAUGUUUUCGGAUUUUCAAAAGGUGAAAAAAUUAGAAAAGUAAGCUUGCUGUUGUGAUCAUACAGGGUUACAAUCUAUUGCCUUGAAAGGUUUUAAGAUGUUAUAUAUUAAGCCUAAAAUUUCACAAUCUUGGUAGAACAGUGGGUCACAUCCAUUUGUCAUCCUUUGGUAAUUAAAGAGUUCCCAUGUACACAGUGAUUUACUAGAGCUGUAACAAUUGAAGUCAAAGCCAAGUUACUCCAACAGUGCAAUUUAAUAACUGGCAAAAUUUUGCUGUGAUGUCAGUUGGUUAAAUUUUCCGAGUAUUUUUUUAGUAAACCAUGGAAACUUUGAUGCCAUUUCCUAUUUACCAAAUGACAUGGUUGUUUUAUUGGCUGAAAAAAACUUUUUACUGGUGUUUCUCCGUGAGCAGCUCAUGGAUCAGAUCGACCAAAUGAAGAUCUUGAUUGAAGAUUUUCAAAUCUGCGUUUGCCACUAUUAGAUUAAACCUAUUCAUCAUUACUGAUGUAUCUGGUCAUUCUAUUAAUUUAAAUAUGACCAUUCAACUUCAUUUCUAUUUAUUUCCAACUGUGCAAAUCUCCAUGUUUCUGUAAUUUUUGUGUAUCCGUUACAUUUCUCAUGGCUUUAUAAACUGUAAAUGAUUUAUCUCAAGGAUGCCUUUUUAUCAUUAACCUUCUCUUUCUUUGUCCGAGAAGUAAUAAAUGUGAAUAUUACUUCAGAAUGUGUAAUAGAUGUCUAGAUAUCAAGAUAUAUCCUGUGAUUUACUAGUAUUCACCUUGGUGCCAAGUUAAAUUCAGAAGGAUACUGUUUGCAUAUAGUUUGCAAGUCCCAGUCUUUUUAAAUCUGGUCAUAUUAUUCUUAGAGAGAGAUUGACUGUGUCACUUUGUGUAGUGAGAGUCGCAUUCACCUUCAGUCUUAUGUUUUAUGAUGUCUUCAGGACCUCUUACUGGCAUUAUGUUUAAAUAAUACAGGAGUGACAUUAAUUGAGGAAAAAUCAAUCUGAUUCAGAUUACCGAUGUAUAUUAUUUUGCAGAAACAAGCAGUUUAUGAGCUGUGCAUACAGAAAAAGCUUAAUCUCAUUUUUAAAUUUUUUUUUUCUAGAUUCAAGCACUGCCUGCCCGGGCCUCUUGUAUUUUGACUUUGUGGAGCUGUAAAAUGAUACCUUUGCCUGCAGCUAGCAUUCAGAUACUAAGCAGGCAUGUGAGACUUUGCCUGUUUGAUGGCAAUAAGGUGAGUACAUAUAUUAUAUGCUACACUUGCAUUUUUAUUUUACAGUUCUGCUGCUUUAAUAAGUAAUUAUGCAUGUUCAGGGAACACUAUCACUUACAUUGAGUAAAAAGCCUCAUUAAUGUAGCCGAAUUGAUCCAAAAUCAAGAUUAUUGGCAUUUAAUUUAAGGACAUAUAACUUGGGAAUCAAUUCCAAUAGAAUCUUCAAAAUAAAUACAUAAAAAAGAUGAGCUAUGUAUGUAAGGCAAAGUGUAUGAAAGAAAAUAUCAAAUUGCACCCCCCGCUGUGCCCUAUUCCCAGUAGGGAGUCAAGACAACCUGCUUCCUUGUUUUGUAUAUGGGAUGAAAGACGUUAGAAAAAUGUGCAUAGGUGUCUGGGUCCCCAGAAACUACAGGAUAAUAAUUCUCCUUAUCCACUCAAAGUACAAGAUAAAUUAAAGGGGGUCUGGAAUGUCCUCUACUUCUUAUUCUCUCAUACCAUGGGUGUAAGUGUGACAGUUACUAACACUGUAUGGAUGGACAGAUAGCUGCCCACUUGCUUCUUUCUUGGUAAUGUGAUAUUAGGUGGGGGAUUUAUGGACAGACCUCCAAAUCUGAUGUUUCUAACCUAUGGUACUAACGUUUUGUAUGAUUGAAGUUGACCGUUUGAUUUGUUGAGUGAAAAUGUUUGUUAUUCCAUAGUAGGGAGGUGCAAAUCUCUGCUUCUUAUUUACUUCUCGAGUGAACGCCAAAAUAUAUUUACAAACCUUAAACAAAAUUCAGCAAACAAUAGUUCAUUAGAAAAGUGUCAGUUAUAUGAAUUGGAAAAACCAAGUUUUACAAUCAUUUUAUUGAACACAGUCCAGAACAGAUGUGAGAAGAUAAAAAUAAAACCUACAUUCCACAUGGCUUUCUUGAAAUCAUUAGAAGUUAGAACCAACUUUGAAUUUCACUUCCUGACUUUUACCCACAUAGCUUUUCUCUUUAGCCUUUUAUACCAUAUGAUAUGAUCACAAUUAUUCCCCGCAGUGUGAAUUGUCGGGAGUUCAAAGUGAAUUCCACAUUGUAUGCAAAAAUAUUCAAACUGAAAACAUGGAGAAUUUGGAGAAUUUAUUUGGCUAGACUGGUCUAAAAUUAGAAUUUCACCUUAAACUUGCUACUGUUCACUCGUUAGUGAAUAACCCUGUAAGUGAUUACAGAAACUAAACUUACCUACAUUAUCCAAUUGUACAGCACUGUGGAAUAUGUUGGCGCUUUAUAAAUGCCAGUAAUGUAUAAAUUAUGACAGCAAAGUAACAACUGCAGCGGUGAAAACAUUUAGUUUAGAAUCAGGUCCCGUGUUUUCUUAAUACAAAAUUGAGCAUGUUUUCUCCAGUAUUUAUAUUCUGUCCAACACUUCCUUUUAGGUUUUAAGCAACAUCCAUACUGUCAGAGCAACAUGGCUACCCAAAAAUUCAAAAACAUGGACUUUUUCUCCACGGGUGAGUCUGACGUUAAAUACAGGGCAUCUGGUAUUGGUGCUUAGUUUACAACACUUAUUGCUCCUGUUGCCUUGAGACAAGGAUGCUAUUAUAUAUUCAUACUAAAGUUUAAUUCAUCCUCGCAUUCGUAGCUGUAUUCAAAAUCCUGACAACCUUUUCAUAUGUGUGUAAAAAUGAACAACAAUUACUGUGUGGAUGCAAUUAACCAGACUCUUUAGAUCUGGCAAUAUUGUGUUAGUGUAUGAUUGACAGCUCCAUGACAGGUAACUUGCCAGGAAUGCAAGAGGAUGGCUGUCCAUGUAAGAGGAUUUGCCCUACCCUUAUUGUGAUGGAGUUAUUAACAGAUAGGAAUGCAGUAUGUAUUAUUAGCAAGCAUUUCUGAAUAUUUGCUGACUGCUAUAUUGAAACUAAUAAAUGACAUGUGUGAUAAAAAGUACAUUAUAUUGAUUUUACUUAUAUUUAUUAUCUACAAGCCUUUUUAAACUGAUUAUGUAUUAGAAAGUGCACACCUGCUUUAUGCAACUCAAAACUGUAAUUCUUAGACAUGAAAAAUGGAAUUGGGACAGAAUAUGUUUACUUUAGUUGUACUUGCCCUGUUUUAUGGGACAAAUAAUGAAAAGGCUAGAUUUUCUUCCUGGGAAGAUAUAAGUAGGAAAAUUACAUAAGGCAAAGGUUAACAAAAGGCAAAGCUACAUUUUGUUAAAACCUUAGCCAUCCCUAAGGACGGCUAAGGGGAAAAAGGCUCUUUCUAAGGAGGAUCCCUUUGAUUUUGCGUGAUCCUCCAAAGACAGCAGUGUUGUCCUCCCCCGCAAUGCGAACUACUUCCACUCCUGGCAGAUGAGGUGCAGAGAGCUGAAGAUCUUGAGGAAGAAGAUUGCAGCGCCUGCGAGGGGCAGGAUCAGGUAAAUAAAAACUACCUACCCCUGCCCCCCCAUGGGCACCGAAUGCAAGCAGGGAAGUCACGAUCUGGGGUCUUUGCAAACUGUGCAAUAUCUUGAGAAGGUGACAUUAACAAAAUAUUUAAGAAAAGCAUUUUUAUUAGGUUGGCAGCCUUUAUCUGGCUAACCAAAUAAAAAUGUUUUUCUUAUAUAUGUUUUAACGGCAUUCUCUCUCCAUUGUGAUUUCAUGAUAUCAUCUCAUAAUAUUGCUUUAUUUGCAGUUUACCCUGAGAAGUUAAUGUUUUUUAUUUUGCUUACAUUGUUUCCACACUUCCAGUUCUCCUAUGUUCUUCCACCUGUAAAAUUUAUAUUGAAAGCCCAGCUUGAUGAUCUUUAUUGUUCUUGUUGUGAUUAUAAUAAUGGUUUACUUUACUGACUAUUGUUUGAUAAUUACUCAUGUAUAAACCACUGCUGAUGAUAUCCCACAAUCUCAAUUCCACUGUUCCACUCAAUUCCGAUACUUUUCCGCAAUAAUUUUUCCAUUAAAGAAUUGAUGAAGUAGCACCCUAUACCUUAUGUUAAGCAGUCAAGUUUGAGUGAUCACAGUUCUACCAAAGAAGAGUUAUCAACAUUAUAAUGCAACCAUCAGACACUUAGAGAAUUUAACACCUAGAAAUGACCAGAAAUGUCACUGAGAAAAAGUUUUAAAAUUGACUAACAUUUCACAAUAUUUCUGUAAGUGUUCACGCAUAAACAGACGGAACGCCACAACCAUCUUCCCUGACUUGACAUCAUGUGGUAACAGCAUCACCUGACCUAGCAAUUUCUUGUUAAUCCAUUAAACCAAUUAAAGGACUAAUAAGCACUGUGUGACUAAACCGAUAAUUCAAGCUAACAUGCAUGUUCACAAUACCUGACACAUCUAGGAGUCACAAUGUUCACACAACUGUCAAACUUGCUACCUAUUAGCAUCUUCAAUGCACUUGGCUGUCCAUCACCUUCAAUCUUUACUUCAA